GAACAUCAGGAUAUCUUUCAGUUUCAUUGCAGCUGGAGUCAGUGACUUCAUACUGAAAAAGGUUGGUUUUUAGACUACAGACCAUGACAGUUUGUAACAGUGAAGGAACAUAAAUGUUUGUGUGAGUAAAUAGCCGUGUAUACUUGUAGUACAGACUUGUCUGUAUCUAUGCAUGCACAGGUUUAACCUGCAGCUGGCAUGAUUAUGCAAAACAUUUAAAGAAUUCUAUAAGCUUUGUGGAAAAGAAGUAAUUCUGAAAAAAUAUAAUAGCACAUCUACUGGAAGAUGAGAAUAGUGUGCUUUUUUAAAACUUGAAGCGUUAUUAUUGGGACAGUAAAAUAAAGUUUUGUGAUAGCUGAUUUUGGAGUCCCUGAUGCCUUGAAUCUUACAAUUGGGUAGUUUUGCCAUAAAGUUCCCCUUUUAAUCUGUUAAUUUUAAUGUUUAAUCUGUUAAUGUUCCCCUUUUAAUCUGUUAAUUUUACUAAAUUACUUAUGUUACAAAUUAACUGCAUCAGAGUAUUUUAAUUGUGUUUGUAGUAAUUUUAAAAAUAGUUACUGGGGAUAGGUCAUUUAAUUAUAUUUUAUCAGUAAGAAAGCAUUAUCUCUGCUGUGAGUGGUAGCCAGCAAGGCCAUCUGCAGUGCCUUUCAGUUCACUCACUCUGAAUUGUUCAGAUAAAGACUGUCAAGUGCUGCCUAAAUAAGGAAGGAGCCGUGGUAGGGUUAAGUGCAGUGGAGGACACAAAUGGAGCAUUGAUUCCAGGCAUGCUGGAGGGUCUGAGCUGUUUCCUGCAGCACUGAACCUUUUAAGAGUUUUCAUUGUUUCCUGCAAAAUAUUAAAAUGCGAGUGUCUGCCAUUCAGGAUCUCAGGGAGGAUGAAAAUGGGGAUUGGGAAGAAGAAAAGAUGUUUCUCAAGCCUGUUAUUGAGGACAGAAAUAUGGAACUGGCCCGAAAAUGCAGUGAAUUAAUAAGUGAUAUACACUAUAAAGAAGAGUUCAAAAAAUCUAAAGGCAAGUGCAUAUUUGUACCUGACACCCCGCAGCUAAAACAUGUGAAAAGCCUUGGUGCUUUUAUUUCUGAGGUGAAAUAUAAAGGAGCUGCUAAGAAAGACCUUUCCAACUCUCUCUAUCAGCAGAUGCCAGCCACAAUUGACAGUGUAUUUGCGAAAGAAUUGAUGCACCUUCAGAGCAAGGUUCUCUAUAAACAAAAACAUGAUGCUGAGAAAGGAUUUUCAGACUAUGCACGUAUGAGGGAACCUCCAGAUGUUAAACAUGCCAUGGAAGUCAGUAAACACCAGAGUGAUGUAUCCUAUAAGAAGGAUGUGCAAGAUACUCAUAGAUACACUGAAGUGCUGAACAGACCAGACAUAAAGAAGGCAACUGAGAUAACAAAGAUAAUAAGUGAUGCAAAGUACAAAAAAGGAAGAGAAGAACUGAAUAAGGAGUCUGCUGUGCUUGGAAGACCCGAUUUUGAACAUGCUAAAGGAGUUUCAAAACUUUUAAGCCAAGUAAAAUACAAAGAGAAGUCCAGUAAGGAAAUGAAGAGUCACCAGUACAACCCUCUUGACAGUGCUUCCUUCAAGCAAGCACAGAUUGCAUCCACCUUGGCAAGUGACGUGAACUACAAGAAAGAUUUGGAAAGCCUACAUGAUCCAGCAUCUGAUCUACCAAAUCUGCUGCAUUUAAACCAUGCUUUAAAUAUCAGCAAAACACAGAGUGAUGUCAAGUACAAAGAAAAUUAUGAAAAAUCUAAAGGCAGAUCGAUGCUGGAGUUUGUGGAUACACCAAUGUAUCAAGUUUCAAAGGAGGCUCAAAAGAUGCAAAGUGAAAAAACGUACCGCAGAGAUUUUGAAGAAGGGAUCAAGGGAAGACCUUCACUGGAUUUAGACAAGACCCCAGAGUUCUUGCAUAUAAAACAAGUCACUAAUCUUCUGAAAGAGAAAGAGUAUCGAAAAGAUUUGGAAGAAGGGAUGAAAGGGAAAGGAAUGACAGUGUUUGAAGAUACACCAGAUUUGAUUAGAGUGAAAAAUGCGGCUCAGAUACUAAACGAGAGGCAAUACAAGAAAGACUUGGAAACUGAAAUUAAAGGGAAAGGCAUGGAAGUUGGUCCAGAUACACCUGAGAUAAGACGAGCCAAGAAAGCUUCUGAAAUUGCAAGCAUGAAAGAAUACAAGAAAGACUUGGAGAAUGAAAUUAAAGGAAAGGGAAUGGAAGUAGGUACGGAUACCCUUGAUAUACAACGAGCCAAAAAAGCUUCUGAAAUUGUCAGCCAGAAAAUGUACAAAGAUGAAGCAGAGAAGAUGCUCUGUAACUAUUCUGCUGUCCCAGACACUCCUGAGAUGGAGAGGAUAAGAAGUACUCAGAAAAACAUCAGUUCAGUGUUUUAUAAGAAGGAAGUAGGAGCUGGCACAGCUGUAAAAGAUACUCCAGAGAUUGAAAGAGUAAAGAAAAAUCAACAGAAUAUUAGUUCGAUUAAAUACAAGGAGGAAAUUCGACAUGCAACAGCUAUUUCUGAUCCACCUGAACUAAGGAGAGUUAAGGAAAACCAGAAGAAUAUUAGCAAUGUUCAGUACAAAGAGCAGCUCUGCAAAGCUACACCUGUGAGUGUCACCCCUGAGAUGGAAAGAGUCAAGAGGAAUCAAGAGAAUGUCAGCAUGGUUCACUACAGAGAGCAGCCUGGCAAAGCUACUGCUGUGAGUGUCACUCCUGAGAUGGAGAGAGUCAGGAAGAAUCAAGAUAAUAUCAGCUCGGUGAAGUACAGCAGUGAUCAGAGGCAGAUGAAAGGUAGACGUAGUGUGCUUCUAGACACACCUGAGCUAAGGCAUGUCAAAGAAACACAAAACAACAUCUCAAUGGUAAAAUAUCAUGAAGAUUUUGAGAAGACAAAGGGCAGAGGCUUCACCCCAGUGGUAGAUGAUCCUAUAACAGAGCGUGUACGAAAAAACACCCAAAUUGUCAGUGAUGCAGCAUAUAAAGGUGUGCAUCCACAUAUUGUUGAAAUGGAUAGAAGACCUGGAAUAAUUGUUGAUCUUAAAGUUUGGCGCACAGAUCCCGGCUCCAUCUUCGACAUUGAUCCUCUGGAGGACAAUAUUCAGUCUAGGAGUCUGCAUAUGCUUUCUGAAAGAGCAAGCCGUUACAGUAAGCAGUAUUUACAUUCUACCAGUCUGGGGGAUUAUAAAUCAGAUGGCUCUGACACGAACCCUACCUUUUCUUACUGCAGUGAGAUAACAAGGCCAUCUGAUGAAGGAGCCCCUGUUCUCCCUGGGGCAUAUCAACAAAGCCAGACUCAAGGAUAUGGAUACAUGCACCAGACCAGUAUGUCAUCCAUGAGGUCCAUGCAUUCACAGCCUCAUUCAGCAAGUCUGAGAACAUACAGAGCUAUGUAUGACUACAGUGCCCAAGAUGAAGAUGAAGUUUCCUUCAGGGAUGGUGAUUAUAUCAUCAAUGUGCAACCAAUUGAUGAUGGCUGGAUGUAUGGUACUGUUCAGAGAACUGGGAAAACAGGAAUGCUUCCAGCAAAUUAUAUUGAGUUUGUUAAUUAAUUUUUGUCUCUAGUCCUUUGAGCUUUAUUAUGAUUUACUUAAAAUCUAAUAUUUUAGAGAAAAAAUCAGAAGAAUCUUUUAAGAGUUCAUGAUCAUUACUUAAUCACUGCUAUAACAGUUUGCAUUUUCAUUCAGAAUCCAUUUUAAAGUCCUUUAAAAAAAAUAAUCUACAAGAAGCCCAGAGCUUUGAAAACAGCAUUGCUUUAAUAGUGCUCUCUCAAAAUGAAAAACAUAUAUGGAAGCCUGGUGUUGCCAGUCCUAUAAAAACUUUGGUCAAUUAACUGUAAAGGGGUAAUGCCUUUUCCUUACACCUCAAAGACAUUAUAACCAUAAAAUUGAUUCACUUCUUAUGGCACUCUGAAGUCACAGGAGGUUAACACACUGAGUUUGAACACAUCUUCAAAUUAUUAGGGAAAUGAUAAAUGUUUAAGUAGUUAACUUCCUAAUAAAAAUUAAUAUGUUGAGUAGAUAAUGCAGUCAUUUGAAAUAAGACAAGUAACAUGCCAGUAAAAAAAAAAAACCCAAUAAAACCCUGUCAAUACUGCCCAGCAGCCUUACAGUAAAUAUGUCUAUUUUGACAGCAAAAAUUUCCUGAUUCUUGCAUAUCCACAUUUAUUCUUGGAUUACCCAUUUUUUCUUAUUUCCAAGUGAUCUAUUAGCUUUGCUUCCACCCUAAGCCAUCAAUUAGACCCAGGUCUGGAUUCAUGGUUCUUCAGUAUCUUUUCUGCAGACGAUUGCUUGCAAAGACUAUCUAAGAUAUAAACCUGUCAACUCUUCUGUUUCCUUGUAAUAAUACUUACCAUUUAAAUAGAAACUUUCAUUAGGGCAACGUACAACCAAUACUCCAUGUUAGCUCCUUUACCUUCACCCGUAGCGCUGUAAAUAAAUCUCCCACGCGCGGCCGCGGCGCUGUGCGGUCCCACAGAGCCUCAGUCACAUCCCGUUCUCACCACAGGUAACUCGCUUAAUGGCUGCUUUGCUGAUGAGCUGAUGUCCCUCCCCUGCUGCAGAAACACUUGUGCCUCCAUCCAGCAGUGGAGGAGAGCUCUGGUUCUUGUAGUGCAUUUCAGAUCAAUGGUCUAUUGCUUCAGUUUGUUCCCAAAUUCUUGGUGAUCCAACAGUGGGUUGUACGCUUGCCAAAUGAUUAAUGAUGGAGAAGAAUUAUGUUUUCUUUUAGUGACUUAAUCUUUCUCAUAAAUGACAUCGAAGGGAAAGCUAACUAAGCAAAAUCCAGCAUACUCUAUUCCAUUCUGUUUCAGUUUAGCCGUCUGUUGAAAACAGUAAAAAUAUUCUGCUGACAAACCUUCACAUGUGCUAUUUAGUGUCUUUCAACUUACAGCCAGAACUGAGAGAUCCAGGUCUCAGUCUAUGAAGUGAGGAGAGGAUCUAACAGCUGGUGACACAGUGGAUAGUAUGAACAAUUUUGUCAGUAGGGUAGGUCACAGGCAACUUCUUUUUGCUUUGACUGUAUUCCCUCACAGGGAGAAACUGUGGAAAGAAGGACAAAAGAGGUAAAGAUUCAUGUAAGAAAUUAUUUAUGUGGAUGCAGAAAUGUGUAAAGAAGAAAAUGUUUUUCUGAUAAAAUAAUUUGUGGAGCUCAGCCAUGUGCUAAGGAAAUUUAACUUUGGAGUAGUGCUCAGAAUAUUGAGUCUGCACUAACUUUCUUCCAUUUCUAAAAUUUUUAAGGUAGAAUUAUAUAUUGAACUUUUAGACAAUUUUUUACUUCUCAUCUCACAUAGCAGGAAGUCCUGCAAUAACUAAAAAUUAAAUAAGGAAGGCUGUAUGGAUUUGUUAUGUCAACUGAAAGUUGUCAUUGCAAAUCCCUGUAAGUUCUAUUUUUGCAUACAAUUUCCAAAGAAUUGGUAAGCUUAUGCAAUUUUAUUUUGGGUCUUGCUAACACAGGGAUGAUACCAGCUGCCAAGCAGAAUGGAAUGACUGCAUUAAAAAAGAAAUUUAAAAAUGUCCAUGACUGUGGAACUACCUGUGCUUUCUUGUCAGCAGCCUAAUUUCAAGGCUAAAGCUGUCCAGGAGUAUCCAGCUUCAAAAGAUGUGUCUUAAAAGUAGAAUUCCAUGACUGUAAAUAGGCAAUUUGCAUAGUUGACUGCUGUGAUUUAAAAUUCUUGCAAGUUUUGCAUAAGGAGCUGCUCUUGCAGCAGACCCUUUUGCAUUACUGGUGACACUCACAGGAAAUCAGCAAGUCAAAUGGCUUUUUUAAAGCCAUGUGGUAUGCUGAGCUAGAAGCUCUGAAACAAGAAGUUUGCUUCUGUGUGGGUUUUCAUCCCUGGCCAUCAACAGCAAGGAGAGGAAUUCCAUCUACUGCUGGCUGUCAAUUUUUUCAGAUGAUGCCUGAAGCACAACUGGCUGUCACUUGCUGCUGUGCUGCUCUAUUAGCUGUGUAAUGCUGACAACAAUAAAAACAAGGUGUUAGUUUUGUUACCAAAUAUGAAUUAAAAAAAAUAUAGAGAAUAUCUAUAUGGCAUCAAGUUGCAAUUUUUAGUGACUUAUAAAACAGAGGGUCUCCACCUAUAAAUACAGUCAUUCUUCCUAAAUGAGGAGACAGCUUACAGUGUUGAAUACGUUAUAUACAGAGGUAAAUCAGAAAAUGAGCAUUUGGUGACAUUAGAGAACUAUGCUAUGCUUAGUAAUAGAAAUAAAAUUUCCUUUAUGAAUUUUGAAUAUUCAUUAGCCUGGCAGAGCAGCUAAAGCAAUUUGCAGAAAAUAAAAGGUCAAGAAAACAAAACAGUAUGUGAAUUUUAUUUCUCUUGAGAAUGGUAUGUCAGCAGAAUUAUUCAGAUCUGGUUUAAGUUACUUAUUCUUUUAGUCAUGUUUUUUGUCAUAUAUGCUUAGAAAUUCAUAUUUAUAUGGAAUGGUUCCUUCUUUUUGAUAUAAAACAAACUUAUUGUAGUUUUGCAGCUUUGUUCUAAGCAAUGCAAUCAAAGGCCCCAAAUUGCAUUACCAGAAUGCAAUUAUACUUUUUUUUUAAUAAGAACUAAAAUUUGUAAGGCAUGGAGGGUAAGUCAUGAACUAAAUUGUGCCAGCACACGUUCUUCAAAGCAUAUGUUGGAGACUGUUACAUGCAGUGUGAUAUAGGGGUGAAAAGAUGCUACAUGCUGUCUUGUCACCUUUAAAGUUUAUAUUCAUUUUUAGCACAGCAUGAUCCCCUCACUGUUCUUUCUUCCUAUAGUCAACAUUUUUCUGGGGAAAGGAAAGGGCUUUUAAGGACUUGAAUUUCUCAAGCUGUUCCAAAGUUCAGGUUGGAAGUCCACAUGUUCCUAUUUUAGAAAUAAAAAAAAUUAUGUAAAGAAUGCUGUAAUUCUUGCUAACACGAGUAUAAAUGUAGAAAACAACAUAGAGCAUAUUCAUGCAUACAUACAAGAACAAAUGGGUGCCUUGCUUUUCAUUACUCUUUCUUGCCUGGCUCUCUUCAUUUUUUAAACAAAGCUACAUACAGGUACUGCAGUUGUAAUUUUUCAUUAUGUAACAUUAGCAUUUAGUCUUGAUGAAACAGGGUUUUCUUGAUUACAUUUGACAUACAAUAAACUACUUCAGCAGACUGGGAUUUGAUGGAGAAUCACCUCCCAUGGAUUAUGUUUUUGACAAAUGUGUCCCUGCCGAGUGUUUCUUGGGGAUGUGGAAGGUCUCCAAUACCUGGGAAAGGUAAUAAUUCUAGUUUUUAUUGUACAGUGACUGCAUGUCAUCUUGUACGAUGAAAAACGAAAUUACAAAUACAGAGGUCUUUGGCAGAAGGUGGUACAGGGUAUAAAAUCAUAGAUUUUUAUUAAGUUAAUUAAUACUCGAUUUAAAAUAUAGAAUAUGCUUUAGUUAGUAAAUGUUUAAAUAAUAUAAUGAAACAGACAGAAGAUGCUGUUGAAAGGAGUCCUCCAAACUGAUGUGCUGGCAAAUGCAAAGUACUAGUGAGCUGUAGAAGAUUAAACCAUUUUGCAAUGCUUUAGUGAUUUUCUCCAGCUUUAUGCCAUAGGAACCCCAUCUCUCCUUUGGAAAGAAAACCUGAAAGCUCUAUUUCCUAAACUGCCUGCACUACAACAGUAUAUUCAAAGGAAUUUCAUAUGCUUCUUGUGUCUGAUAAAUAGAAUUUGCAUAUUGUACUUAAGUUGUAAUCCAGUUGUUGUUGACAUUUGUUUUAUUAUUAUUAUUUUAGGGGGGAAAAUAAGCUAUACUGUAGCAUUUCAAUUGUGUAUUUAAUAUUACUAUUAGAAAUUGCUAGACCAUUGGAAGACAGCAAUGACUGUAUUGACAUUGAUUAGCAUGAUGUGGAAAAUCUCUCAGCUGUUGGUUUUUGCAAUGUGAUAUAAAAAGCAAAAAUGAACCGCUGUGCAGUUUGGCUUAUGUUUGCUUUAAAGUGUGUAAAGUUUUAGUUAUUUUGCAAAACUGUACUGUAUUUGACGGUAUACAGUUAUGAAGGUAACAAUUGUUUUUCAAAGGACGGAUAAACUUACUCUUGGAUCAUAUGAUGUAUCAUCUUAAUUUGGCUUUUGUUAUGCAGAAAGUUAACACCAGCUAUUAAAAUAUAUUUUAGUAGAAAUGCUUUAAUUCCUGUUUCUUCCUCUACACUGUGAAUAUUUAAGCUUUGGUGGACUAGAGCAACAUCAUGCUGCCCAAAGUACUAACCUAUGCAACCUAGUUCACAUUUUAGUUGAUGUCACAGUGGAUGUAACAUAACAAUUUAUUUUGCAUAACAUUAAACUUCAUUCAAAUAAAAUAUUGAACCCA